UGAGCGGUGUUUGUUGUUGUAGGGUGAUCGAGAUGGGGGAACGCCGGAGCCAGACCUGGAUGAGGAGAUGGAGAAAGUAUUUGCAACCUCAGAGAGCGAGCGGUUCAACUUGGCCAGCAUCUCCAGUGCACCAGAGUCUCUCCCUAACACUGACCAGCGCAGAUAUGACGAGCAAGAUUACAGCUCUCAUAGAAAGAAAAACUACCCUCACAUUCACAUGCCUCUCAAGAUUAUGCACCCUCGGUCGAUGAGAAAGAGAACCAGCUCCCACCGGGAGAGUCACGAAGGCACAGAGGGAGCAGAGGUACCGAGAGAGCCACAGGAGGACCAAGAGCCAGAGCCUCCCACAGUGGUAGAGGAGGAGCCUACUACUCGUACUGCAAGCCCAGAGGAGACACUUCCCCUCAGUCCACCGUCGCUGGGGCAAGGUGAUGAUGGUGAAACCCCCUCAUCUGAGACUGAGCCCCUGCGGGCGGCCGACCUCUCCGAGACGACCAGCUUCUCCCCGGAUAGGAGAGUACAGUUUGAUAUUGAUGGACUCAGUGAUGCACAAGAUGAUGAUUCAUCAAGAAAAAAGGAUUCAUUGGAGGAAGGUGAAAAGAAAAGCCGGAAAAAACACAGACAUCACAGCAGGAAGUACAGUAUGCCCGAGGACCCGAACUGGCGGAGGAAGUCUGGAGCCUUCCUGAUCGCAGACAGCCGCAAGAUGAGCAUCCAGCCUGAGGAGGCUUCCACUCUGCAAGAAGUGGACCAGGAUGAUUUGGCUAGCCACAGGUUCGAUGUACCUAAAGGCAAACGUAGAUUUAGUGUCAGAUCUAAAGUCUCAUCAGUUUCAAUAGGAGAUUCUAGAAAAAGUUCUAUGGUCCCACAAACAUUACCCUUUUAUUCAUACAAGAAGUCUUUCGAUCACAGCCCCCACAAGGUAUUUGUUCAACUGAAUGAGUUCAUUGGGUUUGGAGAGGAUCGUGAGUGGAGAGAGACAGCCCGUUGGAUCAAGUACGAAGAAAAUAUUGAAGAGGGUGCAGAAAGGUGGGGGAAGCCUCAUGUGGCUACCCUGAGCUUUCAUUCUUUGCUUAACUUACGACGGUGUUUGGAGACUGGUGUGGUGCUGUUAGAUCUGGAAGAGAAAGACUUGCCAGGGAUCUCGUACCGUGUGGUGGAGCAGAUGGUGACAGAUGAGCUAAUUUUAGCCGAGGACAAGGCCGGAGUAAUGCGAGCUUUACUGCUGAGGCAUCGUCAUGUUGAAUCUCACAGUGAUCGGUUCCGCUUCAGCAUGCGAAGGAAUACCGCCAGCUACACCAGUCUCCAGUCACUGGAGGAGGAGAGGGAGAGGAGAGCCAUGUACCAACAUGCCGUACAACACCUCAUCAUGCAGACACAUAAUCUGCAAGAAGAAAUAAAGUCAAAGCCCAAGAUGUCGAUGACUGGUUCAUCUUUAGAAUCCAAGGGGUUCCACCACUACCCCAGCCUCUUAGAGACAGACUCAGCAAAGGCUAACCACACAGCAGUAGAAAUGAAAGAAGAAACCUAUAUGUCAUCUUCUGAGGAUUUAAGUAAAAAAGCUGCCAAAGAAAGUAUUCUGAAGAGGAUACCAGAGGGCUCCGAAGCUGCUGCUGUGUUGGUGGGAGCUGUGGAUUUCUUGGAGCAGCCGACAACAGCGUUUGUCCGGCUGGCAGAGGGGGUCUUGAUUCCUACGGUCACUGAGGUAACAAUUCCAGUAAGGUUUCUGUUCAUCCUCUUGGGGCCGCUGGAUGCUGAGCUGGAUUAUCAUGAAAUUGGAAGAUCUAUCUCUACACUAAUGUCUAAUGCAGAUUUCCAUACAGUAGCCUACAAGGCCUCGGAGAGAAGGGAUCUGUUGUCGGCCAUCAACGAGUUCCUGGAUUUCAGCAUAGUGCUGCCUCCUGGUGACUGGGAGAAACAAGCAUUGCUGCCUUUCACUGACAUCAAAGAGAAAACUGAUGAGAUCAAGAGAAGACAGAGUAGAAUACACCCGCCUACCAAACCUCCUCUUACACCAAUCAGUGAGAAGAGAAGUAAAUAUCCUGAUCCAUUAAAACGAACCAGAAAACCUUUUGGAGGGCUCCUAAAUGACAUCAAGAGACGAUUUCCCCACUACAUUUCAGAUUUUUUAGACGGCAUUAACGGGCAGUGUGUUGCUGCUGCUAUAUUUAUUUAUUUCGCUGCUCUCUCUGCUGCUAUCACAUUUGGAGGAUUAAUGGCUGAUAAGACUGGCAACUUGAUAGGAGUGUCAGAGACAUUGGUAGCCACAGCCGGUGCAGGAGUAUUCUUCUCCCUGUUCUCUGGCCAGCCUCUCGUUAUCAUCGGAACUACAGGACCUUUGCUUCUUUUCGAUGAAAGCUUGUUUAGUUUUUGCCAGGAAAAUGAAAUCGAGUACCUAACAAUGAGAGUUUACAUUGGGUUCUGGCUGCUGGUCAUAGCUCUGUUGGUCAGCUGUUUUGAGGGCAGCGUUCUCGUCAAACUUUUCACCAGGUUCAUUUCGGAAAUCUUCGCAUCACUCAUAUCACUUUUGUAUAUUGUGGAGAGUGUUAUGAAAAUAUAUGGUCUGUUCAAAAACCACCCGUUGAUGUCAUUGACUGACUACUGCUCAGAGACAAACAUCACAGCCUCCAUGUUGACUGGUAGUCCAUGGCUCUCUCUUCCAUCUAACACCACUAUUGAUGAUAUGACAACGAUGACAACUCAGAAGCCCAGCCCUCCACCACCUCCUGCUCCCAUAAAUCAGCCUAACACUGCUCUCUUCUGUACAGUAUUGGCUCUGGGAACAUUCUUCAUAGCCUACUACUUGAGGCACUUCCGUAACAGCAAGUUCCUCGGCAGAAGUGCUAGGAGAGCUUUGGGAGACUUUGGUGUGCCGAUUGCCAUCGUUCUGAUGGUCUUGCUGGAUUAUGUGGAGACAGGGACAUAUACAGAGAAGCUGAAGGUUCCCGAGGGGCUUUCCCCAUCCAAUCCCAGUGUAAGGGGAUGGGUCAUCUCUCCCUUGGGUCUACUGACUCCAGUCCCUCUGUGGGUCGCUGUGGCUGCUGUGGUACCGGCCAUGCUUGUCUACAUUCUUCUCUUCAUGGAGACUCACAUCAGCGAAUUGAUUAUUGACAAGAAGGAACGUAAACUGAAGAAAGGGUCUGGGUUCCAUCUGGACAUUGUGCUGGUGUGCCUGUCAAAUGUGGGCUGUGGUCUGAUAGGUGCCCCAUUCAUGUGUGCUGCAACUGUACGCUCUGUAGCACAUGUGUCUGCUGUCACCGUUAUGAGCCGGACUCAUGCUCCUGGAGACAAACCUCAUAUCAUUGAAGUCAAAGAACAGAGACUGUCAGCACUAAUGGUAAGUAUACUGGUGGGAGUGUCAGUUUCUCUGGCACCACUGCUCCGGCUCGUUCCCAUGGCUGUCUUGUUCGGUGUCUUCCUCUACUUGGGGAUUUCCUCUAUAGAUGGCAUUCAAUUCUUUGAGAGACUCAGACUGUUCUUUAUGCCGGUCAAACAUCACAGUCAAGCCAACUAUGUUCGCAGGGUUCAGACUAUGAAGAUGCACCUGUUCACGACAAUCCAAUUGCUGUGCCUAGCAAUGCUGUGGGUGGUCAAGUCAUCGCCCAUCUCUCUGGCAUUCCCAUUCUUCUUGAUAUUGAUGGUUCCCCUGCGUGCUCAGUUUACCUACCUGUUCACCCCUCAGGAACUGAGAGCUCUGGAUAGUGAUGAACCAGAUGUGGUUGAAGAUGAACCAGACUUCUACGCAGAGUCACUACUGGCUGGUUAACAGAUGGGUGUGCGUGUGUUUGGGUUCCAGUAUGGGAGCUUCGUCUUUCACAUUUCAAGCAAUACUUAAACUGUCCAGGGCACGGACCGCAAACGUGACCUUAGGAACUCGAUCAGUAUUACAGUAAAAUAAACAUUCCACAAUAACGAAUUUCGAUGUUAGUCGGUGGACUUAGGGGUAUUCUCAUUAUGUAUGAUUACAUAUUAGCAAUAAUUCACCAAGAAACGUCAAUAGAGUGAAUCAUCAGUGCUGCAGCAUAGAGUAAGUAAACAAUUAAUGACAGCUAAGGUUUUACAGUUUUACUUGUCCAUUAAUAUGUAUGCUCUGCUCUUCAUGUAUCUUUUAAAUCUACCGAACCAGAACCAAAUGCGUAGAUUGUACUUCUAAUAUGGACUAAUUAGCAGAAAAAGUAUUGCCCAUAUAACAGGUUCUUUUUUACUUUAGGUCAUAAUAUAGAGUCCUUUAUUAUUGUUACAAAAACAUGUAUCUGUAACUUAUUACAAUUUAGUUUUAAGAAUAUUGAAUCAUACAUUCAAUUAAAUUAUUAAAAACUUUAUUUUACAAUUAUUGCAAAAGCCUAUUUGAAGUGGGUUUUAAAUUUAGUAAAAUAAUCAAUUUCAUCUUCAUAAUUUAAAUACAACUCUUAGGUGUGAUUAAAGGUUCCAAAACUUAUUUCAAAAGAACUGCUGUGAUAAUUAAUGAACAAAAUUUAUGAGGUGUAGAGUGAAGUAUUGAUAUUUUAAAUGUGUUUGUAAGACUAAAACUAGUAGAAUUGAAAUCUAUCAACUCAAAAUAGUGACUCAAUUAUUCACUAAUUUAUUUGCAUUUUUGUGUUUUUGUAUAGAAAAGCAAAUACAAAUGUGCAUGUUAAAUAUAAUAUAUACCAGUAAAUUAACUGAUCAGAUGGCUAUAAUAGAGAAAUUCUUCUGUCAACAUUUAUGAUACUAUUUCAUAAUCCCAAAUUUUAUUGGUCCGCAUUUAUGUGAAAAUUAAAUAUGAGCUAUAGGUUUGGAAAAGUUUUAAUUUUUUUGUACUAAAAUUGAGUGUGUAACAAUCUCUAGUUACAAUAGUCUUGUUAUUCAGCUCACAACGGAAGAAAACAUUAAUAUCGUAUAAGACUGAUGCAACAUAAAUAUAUUUAUUUAUUGUUUAAGUAUUAAGAGGGAAUGGGAUGCAUGUAGUUUUGUAAUUGUUUCAUAGACACCAGUAAUUUGCUUUUAUCGGAUUUAAACAAUUUAUUAAUAAUAUUAUAUUGAUAUUACAAUGUGGAUCUCUAUCAGAUGGUGAAAAUUGGGACUGCAAAGGAUUGCCUUUUCUUAAUUUCCGUCCCACAUUCAAUUUGUUUUUCCUCCUUUUUCUUUUAGCACCAGUUGAAUAUUUAAUACAUUCCUGAUAGAGAACUGUUCGAGUACAGACCGUUUGUGAGAAGUGAAUAUGUUGAGUGAGUGUAGAUGUACUGUGUACUCUUGAGUGAGGAACAUGUGGCCAAUUACUAAACAAGAAUGAUUAGGUUUAGCCUUUUGACUAAUUGAGAUCAGUUGUUUCAUAUCGUCAAAAAUAAAUAACCUAAUAUAUAUUUCAACAAACGGGGUCAUACAUUUCUUCAUUGAGUUUUAACAAUAGUAUUUCAGCUGACCAUGUUAUUGAGCAAUAGAAUCUAAUUCCCAAAACCAAAUUCCAUCAUGUUACUACCAUACAGUAACACUCUUGAAGGUAUGUCUUGAAAAUCUAUGUUAUAGUAUAUUUUAAAGGCCAAUAAUAAAAUGCUGAUCAAUAAACUCAGACAUUAUGUUCUUUUGUAAUAUUCUCUAUUAACUACUUUUUUAAAAUUUCAAAAACUCUUGAUACUUUUUUCUUAUAGAUAUAUACUUAAAAUAUUGUAAAAGUUAUAAAAUAAUUUAUAUUAUAAUUAUGUUAUUAUAUUCUAAAUGUUAUAGCAGAACAAUAAAGUGUGACCAACUGGGCACAAAGUCCAGAUGUAAUUCCAUUUUAUUUAUCUUUUUUUGUAAUUAAGGUCCACAUUUGAUAUUCAUUUCAUUUUGAGUAUAUUAAUUAUUACUGAUUUUGUGUGUUUUAUCAAUAAAAUUAGUUUUUAUAGCAUACCAGUAAAAAUUGUAAAAGCUACAUAUUUAUUUUGAAAGCUGCCAAGUCUAAAUCGAUGCCACUUAAAACCAAGAACUUAUAUUUAUAUAAAACUUUUGAAGUAUGCUUAUUUUAAUAAAAAUGCAAGCUAGCUCUAAGUUAAAUAUACUUUAAAUUUAAAAAUUUUCAAAUACUCAAAACCAAACUAUAUGGACACAAUUAAAAAAAUUUCAUAUAAUCUAAAAGCCCAAGUGGGUACAUUAAAAAUGUGAUCACAUUUGGGCUUUGAUUCGGUAUUAUCAAUUGAAUGUAAUUAUUUUUAUAAUUACUUCUCCUGUAAAACAUUAACUCAAUAAAAUAAAGCAUAAAAGCAUCAGGAAACAACUCUACAAGUGUGUACUCAAGUAAAAAAUGCAUCUAACACAUGUUCAAAAUUGAAGAUCACACUUGAAGCACAAAGUGGUUACUCACAAAAUCAGCUGCUACAGCUGACUGAAAAAUAGCCCAGUAAUAAUAAAUUAUAAGAUAUUAUUGGACCCAUCUGGGUGUUUAUUUCAGAUGUGGACCAAAAUAUAUUCUUUUAGGUAAAUGUUAACGUUAAUGUACCCAAAUGGGCCAUACUUCCUGAAGAGGAUAUCCUGUAAAUGGCAUGUAUACUCAAGAGUAAUAAGAUCACACUGAUUUCUAAGAAGCUGCAUUACCCACCACAAUACUAAAAUUUCAACUAAUGUGACAUUCAAAAUAUCCUCCUUCAGUACUUAAAAAAAAUAAACUUAAUUAGUUUUAGCAUCUCUUAAUAAAUGUAAACAAUCUUUUCUGAAAGGUGUGUACCAUUUAGAACUUUAUUAUUGACUUUAGUUUUUACAACGUUUUACUAUUCUUAGCUGUCUACAUUCAUAAGCAUGUUUCAAAUCAAUUGUUGAUUAAAAUGAAAAAUGUAAUUCAUCUUUAAGAUUUUUAGGUAGAUUUUGUAUACAAAAUCAGUAUAUUGAAAUUGUCCCCAUGGUUGCAAUAAUGGAAAAUUCCUACAUAAGCUCCAGAGCUCAAAACCACCCUCAGAUUCAAAGAUGUUACAUAUAAAAUGUGAUUUGUCGUACGAUAAUUGUCACUAAACAAGUGGAAACCUGGUAAAUACAUUGAUCUUAUAAAUAUCUCGGCUAAGUUCAUUGGAUAGCUUGGCAAACCAUUUUAUUCCAAUAUGACAAAUGCUUAAACUUUAAAAAAAAACAAGUCCAUUAUUUACAGGCCUAGAGAAAAAUUGUUUUGUACAAUAAUAUGUAGUUGAAAUCCUGUAUUUAAAAAAUAAACAAUAUUAAUACUCCAGCUGUUACAAAAUCUACCUAUUUCUUUUGACAGAACCAGAACUAUUUAAUUUACAGAGGUGUGCAGUGGUUUAAUGUUGUGUUUUAGACCUGUGUAAAUCUAUCUUGUCUUAACUCAUUGCUCAAUUCUUCCAUUAUAGUGAUCUCUAUUUUAUUAUAGUGGAAAGUAAAUUUGUCCAUUCAUCCAUUAAUUUUGUGUGUAACCUUCCAUUACCUAUCCUUACAUAGAUCGAGUAGCUCCAAGUCACAUGAAAGCAUAUGACAGCGACAGUAAUUUAGGGACAUAAGAAGAUUGCAUAUAAAGUUUCCCAUUAAUACCGUUGUUGUAGAUGAUGAUUGUGUAGAAGAUAUAUAUUAUAAUGCGAUACCAUUUUUGGUACUUAUUUUUAGUAUUUAUAGAUUUUACAUAAAACAGACUUUUCUUGGGAUUUAAAAUGUUAAGAUGAAAUGGUUAUAAAUUAUUUUGAAUUAGUCUGUAUGAACAAACCGUAGCACACUGGUCAUUGUGUAUUUAAACUGGUUAUUUACUCUACUUUAUUUUUUGAAAGUCCACUCAGGAAGAUUAAGACCUCUGCAUCUUUUAUAUAUAUGUAUAAAUUGACUCAGAUAUUUUAAAAAACUAAUCUAUACUUACAGCAGCUUUCUUCAGAUCUUCCUAAAACUAUUUUUUCAAUUUUAAUGGUUACUGCAAAUACAUUUUCUGUCAAAAUCAUUUUUUCCCCUUUACGUCUAAUAUAUUUCUGACCAUAAUAAAGAUAAAUAUUCACCUUAAAAGUCUAAAUUAAGACAAAUACAAUAAUUAUAUACUUCCUGUGAAAUGGAGUGGAUGACUUGUAUGCUCAGGAAUGAAAGAAAACAAGAAAAAGAGGGUGCUCAAGGAUUAAUAUCAUUGUCAUCUGGAGCACAUAGGAUUAUAAGCAUUUGAAUUUAUAAAUUUAUAUUCAAAUGCUGCUUUUAGUUGUGUGCAUAUAUUUUUAAGCUUUUAAGUUUUUAAUGUAGGGUAGCUUUUAGUUCAAACUACACCCUCUCCUUGUAGAAUAAAAAAGAAUACAAGUAUUUUUCAGAAUUUUAUCAUAGUUAUUGAAUUUUACAUGGUAAAUUGUAUGGUCUGUAUAAAUAUUCACAUGUAUUUGACAGAAACUUUCAAAGAUAAAAGAGAGUGUGGGUAGUCCUUACGAAGUAUCAUAAUUUCUGUAACUGUAGUUAGAGGUAAUAGUGAAACAUUUUCAAUAUUAUUCUUCUUCAUGUUUUUAGAUGCAUGACUUUGAAAUCUCAUUUUAGAUACUAUUGAAUUAGCUGUCUGUCUACAGUGUAAUCGUGGUGUAUCCGUUCACACCACAUUUGUAUCUACCGUAUUAUUCGUAGAUUGUGUCACGUGCCUUUACCGCUGUUUUCUUCCAGUAUUAAAUACGUUUUCUUGUUAAACUAUGAGAGGGUUUAAUGUCUUGUUGGUUGAGAAAGAAAGGCAACUUGGAUUGUAUAAACAAGUUAAGUCUGUAUACAUACUUAUAAAGAUAAUAUGAGUAUAUUAUAGAUUUCAAUCAACCCUAGCACUGCCAAUGUCCAAUAUUGGUACCUAAAUACCAUUGUUUACUAAUUGGCACAAAUGGGUUGUAUUAUUGGGCCAAAUUGUUAUUCUUGCAGGAUAACAGUCCUCUAUUUGAUUUACAUUUUCAAAUUUGUUGAGAUUUUAAUCUGUUUAUUUUAAGCCAUAUUAACUGUUGUUUAAAUUUAUAAAUUUAGUUAUUUCAAAUACUACUUAAUAGCAUAAAAAGCAGAGAGAAUAAUUAAAUUUACAUUUAUUUUUUGUGAAAUACUAAUCGCUAAGUUAUUUUUGUGAUAGAUAAUAAUCAAAAUGUACUUAAAUUACAAAGUUAUAACUAAAAGUUUUAGGAGUCAAAACAUUAUUAAAAUAAAUUUGACUUAGUUUUAAGGGUUUACUUACUUCACUUACAUGCCAUAGUGAUAUUUUAGAUUUCACUCUUAUUUAUUAGGUAGAGGUAAACUAUAAAAAAAUGCUAAAAGCUGAUGAAGUCUGUUAUUGAGAAGUAGGCUUAAGGUUAAACAUAAUUUUGUGACAUUCCACCUUAAAAUGUUCUAAUAAUCAGUUUUUGUCAAAAAUACAAUGUUUUUAAUAGCUCAAAUAUACAGAUAAAAUUUAAUUUUUCUGUUUGAGGAUGAUUAUAUGAUCAAGUUUGGGUACAAAAUCUAUAGUGUUAAGUCACUACAGCUGUAAUUAAAACAAUAAUUCUGGAUUAAUAUUUUGUUUGCCUACUUUUUUACAAGAUCAGUGACAAAGUUUUACAAAAUAUUGGUAGUUUUUUUUUAAUAUUUCAAUUGAGAGAUUGUUAGAGUAUGACUUAGAAUGUGAAGUAUAUUUUAGUAAUUGAUUACAAUAAAUAUGGCCACUGUAACUAAUAAAUAUUAAAAAUAUUAACUAACUCACAAGUAUUUAUCAGUAUUACAUUUAGUUAGAAGGCUGAAUCUGGGAGAGUUGGUGGCUAGUAAGUGCCUAAUGUCAUGACUAUGAAAUAUGGCGGAUGAGAAAAAUGUCUUCUUAUCACUACAGGAAGUAUGGACAUAAUAUUUCAUUAUGACAUGAACAUAAUUAGUGUUCUUAUUUGUGUUCAUGUUAGUAUUUUUUACAACCGUUAAUUAUGAGAUUUAUAUGACUGAAAAUAGGCUGUAUUUAGCUUGAAACAUGAGGCGAAUGAUUUUGAAAUAUAUAAAAAAAUAUAAAUAAAUAUAUAUAAGUUAAGUGUUGUAGAUAUAUUAUACAGCACUCAUACACAGUCCAAUAACAACUGUAUUCUUAACUGAGGUCAAUCAGAUCUGAUAUGGUAAUAAAUAACCUUUAUGUAUUUUGAAUGCAGUGAGUAUUUGGAUUAUUAGUUAUACAUUUAUACCUCUGAUGUAAACUUCCUUAAGUAGAUUGUCAUGUCCUGUGAAGUUUCAAGAUCACUGUCCUUAAAGGAUGUGAAAAACUCAUUUUGCCUCAGCCAUUAAGCUUAAAACAAAAUUAACAAAUUUUACACUUUUUAUAAUGCAACAAAUUUUAUCUUGACCUUUCAGCCUGGUUUCACAAAAGUCAACCAAAAAAUCCAUUGCGCUGUACAUUUUUGUGUAGCAGUAUUCCUAUACAAUCUAUUGAAAGCAUUCAGAACUAUUUGUCUCACUAAAUAGUGGGCAAAUCAUUCUAUCUUUUUCUCAUUACUAUGUUUUAUUCUACUGGAUUUCUUUCCAAUCAGAUUAUUUAUAUCAGCUAAUUGUUUCACAUUGUAGAUUGCAAUGUUUGCUAUUGUUUAGAACGAUUCUGGUUUUAUUUUUCUUUACAAAAUGUUAAAAUAUCACCGUUUUAGCCAAUUCAGUUUAUAACAGGAGUCUAAAUAGUUUAUUAAGAACAUACAACAAGUGCAAAGUAGCAUAACAUAAGUUUUGUAAAUGUAUGGUUUUUUAGUCCAAAUCUAGUUAUGAACAUUUUAUUUUACAUAAAGUCAACAGUUAUGUAAGUGUUUGCUAUGAUUUUAGACUUUCUAUAUUUAAAAAAGCAACCUCGAAAAAAUGGCAUAUAAUAAUUACAUGUUAGUUUACUUGCUAUGUCAGUGAUGGUAGACUGACUAACUCAGCUGGGAUAGCAGUUGGUUGCCUGAAGAAACUUCCUGCAUUUAAGUAUUCAAUUUUCCAAUGUUUCUAAAUUGCACAAUUAAAAAUGAUGAAACUUUAUAUAGUUUACAAAGAUAGUGUCAACAUAUAUAACAUCAAUAUUUUUCAGAAGAGAUAUUUCUCAUCUGCGUACUUUUGUGGCCACAGAUGUGAGAAGUUGGGACAUAGAGUGUGGCUUAUUAUGUCUCAAAUUAAGGGUCCCUGGACAUAAUAAUCACCCUUUGUUUUAUUAAUGUAUCCUCACACAAGUUUGAUGACUUUUUGGGAAAGCUAGACAAACUUGUCUUCAAGCUUUAACAGUAGUUAUUUUUCAUGAUUUCAACUAUUUUAUUUUAAGCAUAUUUGUGUUUGUUACAUUUACUGUACUUAGUUAUUUAUUAUUGUCCACAUUCACUGAAUAUUUGUAGUGUAGCUUUUACUUUUGGCUUUAUGUAAGGGUUGCCAGUUUCGGUGCUAAGCGUGGUAUUGCUGUGUAACGCAGUGUAUUUAGUUUAUAACACUCUUUAAUAGAUAUUAUAAUUGUUCAACUUCAUUCUCCUAUUUCUAUACUGUUUACUACUGUUAGUAUAUUUUUUGACAUCCAAUGAAGUUGAUUUUUGUGGAAAGUAUAUUUUAGUGUUUAGUACCUGAAUAAGAAAUAAAAAGUAAUCUAUUCUUAA